CGUCUCGUCUCCCCUGCCGAGCAGUCCCAAGCCUCCCCCGUGUCGUCCCAGCUCCGUCAAGCCACACCUCUUUUAGGAAUAACACAUUCUUGGAAAUCAUACAUAGGGGUUACUUCCAAGUACACAUAAUCUAGUUUAUCUUAUAAGAUGUUAUACUUUUUUUUUCUUAACUGUACUCUAAAAGAAAAAAAAAGUCAAUGGCAGCGUUAGCAGCAGCAGCAACAAUAGCAACAACAGCAGCAGCAACAGCAUGUUAUUAAAGAUAUUUCGAAAGAAGACGGGAGAAGGUUUACAUACCAACACCAAGAACAGCAAAGUGACAAUAAAACAAAGACGUGAAGAUCUCUUGAGACGAGCACACAUACACACCUCAGAAAAUCUUGUAUACUGAUAACAAGUCGUGGAGAGUGGUGUGGAAGUGAAGCAGACAAGUGUAGUGAGACGUGAGAACAGUAGUCACAGUACUUGGUGGCCGCGAUGUUGAGGUGCGCCCGAGUGGUCCUGUUGGUGGCUCUGUGCUGGGGAGUGGCCUCAGCCGAGCCUGCAGCAGAGGACCCAGCAGACGCCGACAUGUGUGCUAUGACAGAAGUUCUGGUGGCCAUGAAGAAGUUGCUGCUUUUGUUGAGCACUGAAGUUCGCGACCUGCGGGACCAGGUGAAGAAAAGCUGUCAGGCGAGUGGCACCACAGCUCCCAACACCACCGUCAGCCCCAUCACAGUGACUGAGCCUAUCGAGAAACAAGAGCCAGCAGGUUCAGAUGAGGCGACUGCAGAGCCCGAGCCUUCUCCUGCUGAAACUGAAGAUGAUGAUGACCUUGGUGAUGAGUUUACCAUAGAACUGGAGAAGGACGAGAAGGAGGAGGAGGACUAUGACUACACAAACCCUGAGGAGAAUCCUGUCAGCGAGGUGAUCGAGGGCAUGACCAAAUGGUGGAAGUCAUUCUCACUCUUCCCUCCUAAGCCAACAACCACUGAUGCCACUCCGACGGACGAACCCGAGGAUGCAGACGAAGAAGGCCUUGAAGAGGAUUAUGAGGCGGAAGAACACGUAGAUAUGGAUGAGGAUGAGGAUGCAGACAUCCUCACGACCAAGGCCCCUAAACGUACAACUUCGACCUCCACGACCACAACCACCACCACCACUACCCCACGCCCCUACACAGUGCCCCCACCACCCACCAGCUGUCCCUCACCUUUCACACUGCUGGCCGAAGGCUGCUACCUGAUGGUGCACAAUGCUCGGGACUGGAGAUCAUGGGGUGAAGCUUAUGCCUUCUGUCAGAGCUACGGCGGCAGGCUGGCUUCCCCUUGGAGGCUGGAACAACUCCAGGAUUACUUGAUCCGCUACUACUCCGAUGCCUUCUGGGUGGGCGCCCGCCUUAUUCCAUCCAGGCGGAGAUGGGAGUGGCUCACAGGGAGGAGGAUUGAGCAAGGGGAGUGGAAGCCAGGCCAGCCCAACAGGAACCCUGGCAAGAAGUGUGUUUUCCUUGACAAGUGGUCUGGUUAUCAUGCAAACAACUUCUUCUGUGGGGAGAAGUACCCCUUCAUAUGUGAGAGCAUGCAGGGGUAGAUUGGCCAGCCUGCAGCCAGAUUGAGUUUCACAACAUCAACGUGUAGAGCUAUUUUGGGACCAUUUGUUUAUGACUUUCUGGAGUAGGUGAAUCAAACUAUUGAUAAGAGGUGUGCCUCAAGUGGCAUGAAAAUACUUCUUAUUAAGGUAGUAAGAAAUUUCAAACAUGUUAUUGUUUUUUACCACCACUGUAGGAAAUUCAAAUUAAAACAGGGAAUUA